AUGGAGAUAAAUAACAACCUCGUUUUCGAGUCCCAGCACUACAUGUACAAAGCGUAUUUGGAAACCUUGUUGAAUCAUGCCACAGAUUAUAAACAGGGGUUUCUAUCCGCAGCCGGAUAUUAUGAAGAUGAUGACUCUGGUAAUAACCAGAAAGCCAAUACAGUCGAUAUAUGCGCACCCCUGCACAUUGAUCACUUUAACUCUGAUAGGCUUUUCCUACCACACCUCAACAUUCAACUCCAUAUGUACCGGAACAAAGACACGUUUGUACUAGAAAGUUAUGAGACUACCAGUGCCGAUUACCUCGCCCAUGUCAGCGUUCUUGACAUGAAGUUACAUGUGAAAGCUAUCGAUAUUUCGAUGUGGGACAUCGACAUGUGGGACGGCGUCGAGGAAUCUCGACACACAUUUAAACUGCUUCCAGGUACACGAAGGUCUGCACCCUAUCAAACACCCCACGAAGCUCCACAUGGAUUCACUAUACCACUGGAUGGCUUUGUAAAAACAGUAAUCGGAGCGCGCCGAUUGUGCUGGUAUCCCGAGGACUACAAAUCUUACAUGCACCUUGAAAAACCCGAUAUAGAUCUGCUGCGUGAGCUGAUCGUCGGACGCGCGAUUUUUCUGAAAACUGUUCCGGGAAAGACAGGUCAUCUACAGACUGACGAGUGGCAGCGGGUUGUCAAUCCUAUGUUAAAAUGUCUGGCAACGGAUGCUCUUUACAUUGACGAUGGUGUAAAAACAACGGAUGUCGCCUCAUAUGCGCUACUCAAUUACGGGCCUGGAGCCCCCCUACCCCCACAUAUUCUGAGGGCUCAAGGGCUUCAUAUGGUU